UACUUCUUUUGUGAAUUGCCAGAAUAGUGUUCUGUAAUGUAAAAUGGAACUCAAGGACUUUGGCAAGCAACUUUUUGAAAAUCAGAAGCUAGAGAUUCAAGAUGUCUCCUAAGACGUUAACGUUCUGUUUACUCGACAUUUAUCGCCUGAUCUACCGGUCAGUUCAAGGAGCUGCAAGCCCUAAUUGGACUCUGAAGCAGUUAAUCAUUUUUGGGACUGCAGUAAAUUGUCAUUAACUUCUGGAUACAGUUGCAGUAGGAGAAUAUGCCACUACCCUGUGCCAAAUUUCCAACGUGCAUGUACAGCCAAUUUUAUCUAAUGGAUGCUUCUGUCAAUAUUUAUACUGGUUCAACGGUUUUGUGGAAAAUAUACUUCAGAAAGCUAGAGCCUGCUUUUAAUCAGUUAAUAGAACGCUCUAAUAAAGUAGUCGGAUGAAUGAUGAUAGAGAGGAAUGUUGCACAUUGAAUUGGACCUGCCCUGUUUAUUGAUCUGGAUAAACAACUAUGUGAGGAACUAUAGUGUGUGGAUGAAGUAAGUUGAACUGCCAUAAUGAUGCAGGAGCAUGAGCUAGAAGGAUGAAUAUAAUGCCAGACAAGUCAGCAGAAUGGCACCAAACUGAUCUGGAUAACUUCAAACUGGCAGACUUUUCAUCUAUCUUGAAUUAGGAUCAUUAAUUAGGAUCUCCUUCCCACAGCUGAUAUUGAGUAAACUGUGUCAACUCUUCAUUUCAACUUUAUGCAGUCGACAAAUUGUAAAGACAACUUUAACGGGGUGAAAAUGACAGAAUUCUUCAAUAUCAAGAGAUCGUCGAAAUUGGAACAACUGAGGUAAUUUAAACUUGCACAUGUACAUGUACCUAUUGGGAUGUGAGUAUACAAGACUGGUGGCACAUUCACGACUGCAUAUUCACGCCCACGUCAAGAUCACCGAAAUGGACCAAGACUUAACUAAGAAAGUAUGACUAUUCUCUGUUCAGCCCUCUUUAAGUUCAAAGAGUGCAUGAUUAAAGCCAGACAGCAACCUGUGUUUACCCUGAUAAAAUUUUGGCUGCCUAUUGGGCCUAUCCAUCAUUUGCAAUCGAGCUUUACAACAAAAUAGAGACAGAAGUCUGUAACCACCAGCGGAUCAAAAUAGCCUCUUCAGUUACUGAUUAAUGCACUUGUUUCUUAAAAAUAACAGCAGCUUUAAGUAACAUUAAUCAAGAGUCGUGCACAAGAUCAAGAUUGAAUUAUAUAAAUCGUGCUUGUUGAGCAGCAACGUGAUCAGAAUAACAACCAGGAGGCUGAUAUCCAGGACUAGAAAGGAGACACAAGAUUUUGGUCAAUACGGACUUGAUGUCAUUAGAGGUAACGUAAGUGUUAAAAGCACAGAUAUUUUUCUCGUUGAAUUGACUCCACAAAGUGAAGAGUAGAUUCCUCAUCUGAGACAUCAUGGAUUUAUCUAGCAACAGCACUUUCGAGUCUGGAGACUACUUCCAAGUAGACCCUGUGUCAACCACUCUGCGAGCCUCCUACAUUUUCUUAGAUCUCUUGGCCACUUUGCUUUUCAACACACUAACUGUGUUUGUGACUCACAACGUAGAGGAUUUCUCAGAGAGUACGACAGUACUGAUGACUACUCUGGCUCUGUCGGAUCUCGGAGUGGCUCCUGUUGUGCUUCUAUCAUUCAUCUGUGAGGUCAUGGGACAUUGGCCGUUCCCCAAUUGGCUCCAAUAUGCACAUUACUUUCUCCUUCACACAUUGACACAAAUUUCAGCAGUCAUUCUGCUUUGUUUGAAUGUGGAUCGUUAUAUUUUAGUCACAAGACCUCUCCGUCACACUACUCUCAUCACCAAAAGAAGAACUGUCAUCAUGUCAGUUGUCAUAUGUCUUAGUUUUGUCGCAUCAGGAAUUGUCCUGUGUUGCGUGAACAAAGUGUCCUUCGAGAGAAGCACUGUACUUUCUCGAUUGGAACACUAUGAUGCACCAACAGCUAUAUACAUCAGCUUGUUUGGAUAUUUUAUUCCGCUAGUGGUGCUCAUAAUAUGCAAUGUAAGACUUCUCAUGAUCAGCUUCAGCCAGUCUCGGAGACUCAGACUUAUUGGUGCUGCCCCAGCCACAGGACCCUCCAGAGAGCCUAACCAUCAGCGAGUACAUGUAUCCUGGAUGGUUGCAGUACGCGGCAAAGCAGUAUUCGUCUUCAGUGUCAUCACAUUUGCCUUUGCCAUCAGCUGGUUGUUAUAUUUUGUAGAGUUGUUUCUUAUCCUUACUAACUCUGGCAAAAAAUACCCAGUUUGGUUACAGUACACUUCAGCUUGGGUGGCCAUGUCCAACAGUUGGUGGAAUUUUGCCAUCUAUGGAUUGAUGAAUCGAUCUUUUCGUAACUCUGUGCGUAAAGUGCUUGCCAAGAACAUUCAGUCUGUCCGACGGUUCUUUGGAAAUCAGCCAUAGAGUGUAAGAUAAUCCCAGAUAUUGUGUAUACAUUGUACAUGUAUAGUUACUGUGUUCCUUGAGGGAAUCAUUUUGCUUGUAACCAUCUUAUAGAAAAUUACCUUAUUUAGAGGAAAAAAUCAAAUCAGUUUCCUGACUGAAAUAAACU